AUGCGAGGACUGGCCAGACGCAGUCUUGCGAGCGGGGCGGCGAGCGGGAGGAGGACGUUGCAGCAGCGACGGGCAAUCGCCACCGCAGGGUUGAGCCUUCGAUGGGGUCCUGAAGAGCCCGCCCUGUACACCGGCACCAUCCCUCAGCACUUCUCCUCCAUCGUCUCCUCCCACGGCGACCGCCCAGCCGUCAUUGCCCGCUCCCCAUCAUCGCCGCCACUCUCCAUCUCCUCCGCCGAAACAUCGCUCUCGUACUAUGCCCUCGACCUGCUCUCCAACCGGCUCGCCGCGUCGCUCGCUUCUCUCGGCGUCCGCAAGGGCGACAGGGUCGCCGUCUCGCUCGGCAACACACCCGACUUCGCCGCCCUCACCUACGCCAUCUUCAAGCUCGGCGCCGUCCUCGUGCCCCUGAACCCGGGCUUCAACGACCGCCAGGUCGCUGCUGCGCUGCAGCACCUCGCCGUCGAGGUUCUGAUCAUCGGGGCUGUUACGGAUCUGGCGUACCGGCCUGGCAAGGGGAGAUGCAACCAGCCUCUGCUCGAGAGCAUAGUUGGCGAUCUCGACGCUUCAUCCAUCCAAAGCGAGACUGUCCCCUCACUAAAGAAGGUCAUCGUCGUGGAUAACCGUGCCAGCCACCCUGAUAUCAACUUCAACCUCGAGGGUUGCCGCGCCCUGACGCCCUCCACCAUCCUCCUCGAGGGCUCUGACCGUCCUGUCACGCCGGAUGAGCCCCUGGACCCAAACGAAACCGUCAAUAUCCAGUUCACCUCCGGGACUACGUCAACACCCAAAGCCGCCAUGCUCUCCCACCGCUCCAUCCUCAACAACGGCGCCCUGAUCGCAAACCGCAUGGGUCUCGUGCCGCAAGACCGCAUCGUCGUGCCGCCGCCCCUGUUCCACUGCUUCGGCAGCGUCCUGGGCUACAUGGCAACGGCCACCACGGGUGCGGCCAUCCUCUUCCCUAGCCCGGCCUUCGACCCCGUCGCCACGCUGCGCAUGUGCGUCGACCACGAUGCCACGGGCCUCUACGGCGUGAGCACCAUGUUAGUUGCAGUCCUCGAGGCGCUCGACUCAGGCGAGGUGGUGGACUCGGCGCCCAAGAACCUCACCAAGGGCAUCGUCGCCGGCAGCAGCGUCCCCGAGUCGCUCAUGCGCACCCUCUACGCCCGGCUCGGCCUCGGCGACGUCGUCAUCUGCUACGGCAUGACCGAGACCAGCCCCGUCAGCUGCAUGACGUCGCCUUCGGAUCCGCUGGCCAAGCGCACCGCCAGCGUCGGCGUCCCGAUGCCGCAUACCGGCGUCAAGGUCGUCGACCCGCACGACCGGAGCCGCGUCCUUCCCCUCGGCGAGCGGGGCGAGCUCGCAGCCGCGGGAUACCUCGUCAUGAAGGGCUACUACGGGGACGAGGCGCGCACGGCCGAGGUGCGGCUGGCGGACCCCGAAGACGGCACGGUGUGGAUGUACUCGGGCGACGAGGCCGAGAUGGACAAGGACGGCUACGUGCAAAUCACCGGCCGCAUCAAAGACCUGAUUAUCCGCGGCGGCGAGAACAUCCACCCCCUCGAGGUGGAGGACUGUCUGAUGACGCACGUGGGCGUGCGCGAAGCCAGUGUCGUCGGCGUCCCAGACGAGCGGCUGGGCGAGGCCGUCGCCGCCUUCGUGAUCCCAGCGCGGGGGUGGAAGCCGAGCGACGACGAGGCGGCGACGGUCGAAGAAAGCGAGCAGCAGCACACGCUCACUCCCGAGACGGUGCGGUCGUGGGUGGCGACGCGGUUGUCGAAGCACCUGGUGCCCAAGUACGUCUUCUGGGCCGACGAAUAUCCCAAGACGGCGAGCGGCAAGAUCCAGAAGUUCAAGCUGCGAGACACAGCGCGGGAGACGCUCGGGUUGGAAGAGACAAAGUGA